UGUCCCGUAGAUCCGGAAGCCCAACAUAAACUUCGGAUAUUAAGGACGAUUAAUACGGUAUAAAAGUGAAUAAAUAUAUAAAACUGUAUAAACUAGCUAUUUUUACGUGGAAACCCGGAAAGGGAGAAAACCACGGGACUUUUUAGGCUAACGUCCAAGCCCGCUCUUUCUCAUUAAUAUCCUCCCAUCACUCAUUUACAUAGUAAAACAGUAUAACUCCAUUAAUGAAGCUUGAAUAACUCAGCUAUAAAGAUGAAGAAAUAAGCAGGGAGGGAGAAGAGAAGCAGAGAUCAGAUCUUUAAUUUGGAAGCCAAGCUUCCUAUUUAUAGCCAAGGGGGAGGGUUCCCUCUUCUUCUGGGCCGGAAAGGCCGGUUGGGCCUUAAAUGGGCCUAACUUCUAUUCUUUCGGUCCAACUGGCCGAAAUAAGCCGGGUAAGCCUAAAUGGGCCUCGCCAAAUGGGCCCCGUACCAGGGUGGUGUCUUGGGCAUCUGAACAGUAGUAGGCCGGGGUAAUAUACCCAACACAAGUCCCCCAGUUUCUUGAGUAGUGAGCCUGUGAAUCUGCUCGAGAAAGUAUAUUCUCGUUCACGUCCUUCCCUAUCUUCCCUGAAUCAGUGUAUGACUUGCCUUGUAGUGCAAGUAUAAGGGAUGUGCAAUUCCGCACUAGGCACGACGGUGCUGAAGAGCCACCCACUCGUGCUGCAUAAUACGACAGUCCCGACCCUGAAUGGCAUGGGUGGACUUGACCGAGAAGAAGGCACGACGGCGCUGUAGAGCCAGCCGUUCGUGCUGCAUAAAAGCGAUGAUCGCCAUCCCAGAGCAAGGAUAGACGAGCCCGUCAGAAAACCAUGCACGACGGUGCUGUGGAGCCCGUACGUGCUGCAUAAGAGCGACGGUUGCCAUCCUAUAGCAAGGAUGGACGAGCCCGCCAGAAAGCCAGGCACGACGGUGCUGUGGAGCCCGUACGUGCUGUAUAAGAGCGACGGUUGCCAUCCUAUAGCAAGGAUGGACGAGCCCGCCAGAAAGCCAGGCACGACGGUGCUGUGGAGCCCGUACGUGCUGCAUAAGAGCGACGGUUGCCAUCCUAUAGCAAGGAUGGACGAGCCCGCCAGAAAGCCAGGCACGACGGUGCUGUGGAGCCCGUACGUGCUGCAUAAAAUAAGCGAUCGUCAUCCUAGAUUAAGGAUGGACCAACAUGACUCGGACAGACAUGGACUUGACUCGACUCAGACAGACCUGGACUUGACUCAGACGGACAUGGACUUGACUCGACUCAGACAGACCUGGACUUGACUCAGACGGACAUGGACUUGACUCGACUCAGACAGACCUGGACUUGACUCGAGACCACUGCGGGCCAUCAUGAAUUCACAUCACCUCCUAGCCAAUUAUAUCCCCCGUUCGCUUGCCUUCGCCGAACGGGUCGUUCUCCCCUGGUCGUUCCAAACAAUAGUUCCAUUCGCCCGUUCGUCCCACUAGAACGGUCUGAUGUACAACGAUGAUCACGUCGUGCCGAGGUGGCUGAUCGUAGAGCUACAGAAGCGGUCAGAUCAUCUGGAUAAUAGGUCAUUUCUGCUACAAGUCAGCACCAGGGUUAAGGUGCAAGCUGUUCGGCUUAUUUCCGCCAUUUGUUCGUAGUUUCCUGAUCCGCAAGGUAUCACCUCUUGCUGAUGUAACUUGUUCGUGUUAUCAUCCGUGUUCUUCCUGAUCCGCAAGGCAAUCACCUCUUGCUGCCUUGUAGGCCCAAGGCUGAUGUAACUUGUUCGUGUUAUCAUCCGUGUUCUUUCUUAUCCGCAAGGCAAUCACCUCUUGCUGCAAGACAGUUUCACAAUUUGUGUAGUGUCUGCCAUCUUCCAAGCCCAUAAUUCCGAUGCAUACCGUCGGUUUUACCGUCCGGGGUCAUCCAUAUCAUGAGGUUGAGAUGUCCAUCCUGGACCAUUGAAAAUAAGGCUCCCAAGUCGGGUCUCCCCCUUAUUCUCUGCCAAAAUGGAGACUCGCCUCUUGGUUACAGCUCGGGUUCCACCAUAAUAAAUCACUACAUCGUGGUUCGGGCGAGCUGCAUAGCCAAGGCAAGAUUUUAAGACCAGAGUCCCGAUCCCCCGCUCGGUCACCCUAUGACUUCGGAUGCCGCCCGGUUCGUCCUACUCAAGAUCUUUUACACCAUCUCCCAAGCUGAGUCCGGGCUUGGUUAACCUGCAUCUUUUUUUUUUUUUUUUUUUUUUUUUUUUUUGUGCUGAGAUGGUGGCUCCCCAUGGAUCGAGACAAGUGGUAUCUAUCGAUCGAGGUGAGACUUUAUGGAAUGUGAAGAUGCCUCCUAAGCAAAUAAUGUCGUGCUGUGGGGCUGAUCAUGAUAUGAGGAACAUGAAUAAUCCAAGGGUCUUGCGAGCGCCCUCUGCUCAAGGACAAUGGCAGCAAUUGCGGCAGCGGUCCACAAAAUGUAGCCAUGCUGAAAGUCAAGCAACGGUCCUCAUCCGCGCAGUGCGGGGACGAGGCCGGUCUUCAAAUAUGAUAAUGGCACCGUACCAGAGGGUCGGUGGCCAUGUAAUGAGGUCGCCACUGGAGGCUGAUCGGAAAGGAACAAGCAACGGUCCUUAUCUGUGCAGUGCAGGGACAAGGCCGGUCUUCAAAUAUGAUAAUGGCACCGUACCAAAGGGUCGGUGGCCACAUAAUGAUGUCGGCGCUGGGGGCCGAUCAGAAACAAAUAAUCAACGGUCCUCAUCCGUGAGGAGCAGAAAUGAGGCCGGUCUUCCAAAUGAUCACCAUGCCGAGCCAGAAGAGUCGGUUGUGGUGAGAGGAAAGUCGGCGCUGGGAGGCCGAUCUGUAAAUCCGAGGGUCUUACAGGCGCCCUCAGCCCACAAUGUUGCUCUAGAUACCGAACGGCGAAGGCCGGAUUGCCAGUCAGGUAGCGUAAUCUGAAAGCUCGUGUAUCGUAUAGUCCAUAGAACUUCCCUUCAUGUGUUGUGACAUCUAUACAUUUGUAGUCUCUUCUUUUCUCAAUUGUCCAUGAUUCCUUCUACACACUAGUAACCUCACCUUUUUUUUUUUUUUUUUUUUUUUUUUUCUCUCAUUUUUUUUUCCUUUUUUUUUUUUUUUUUUUUUCUCUCUCUUUUUUUUUUCUCUUUUUUUUUAACCACGUAUAUCUCUGCGUUUCACAAUCUCCCCGUCCGAGCUGGUCGAACGACUCUAAAUGUAAAUAUUCCUUCUUUUUGUUGCCAAUCAUGAGCGUCUCUGCGCGUCACGUCGAACGUCAUGAACAUCUCUGUGCAUCAUGAACGUCUUUGAAUAAAUGUGAUUCUUUUCUUGUUGCCGGGCAUGAACGUCUACGCGCUUCAUGCCGAAUCGUCAUGAACAUCUACGUGCAUCAUGACCUCCCGUUCGAGAAUAUCUCAAGAAUCUCACUGCACAGUAAGCAUGGUAAUACGGCCGAACGGCCGGACAACAUAUACAAGUAUAUACAAUUACUCAUGUAUAACAUUUCCCUUUUAUUUUUUAUUUUUCAUCCAUGACUAUCGGCCGAAGCGGUAAUAAUAACCCUUGGCCUAGAUUUAUUUCUUCCCGUACUGGGUAUAGUUUCCGUUCGGGCAUUUAAUGCCGAACGAGACCUUGAGUGGUCUUCGAAAUUAAAAUACGUCAUCGGGGACACUUCAGCCAAUUAAUUUGGCCCGAUCGGGGGUGGACUGAUACACGCAGUCAAACCAAACAUUUAUUUAAAACGUUGGUGAUCUUAUCUAUAAAGCUCCGUGCAGCACUGCGUAUCUAGGGAAUUUUAAUUCCUUAGUAAAUAAUGGUUAUUUAAUUACCAAUUAAUACUUUUCAAGUAUUAGCCCCCCAAUGUCGAGCGGGAUGUAGGUCCCUUUGACGUUAAAAACGUGUCGCUGGAGUAAUGCCGCUCGGGGAACUCCGAUCGCUCCACAAAAUCAAUCAUUUAAUUUUAAAAUGGACCCAUCACCGGAGCUUCGCUGGGUCAUUAUUCAAUUUCGGGGUACUUUGCCCCUCAACAUGCUAUCUGAAAUUAAUUAGCAACUGAGAAAAUUGUGGUACUUAGCUGGGUAGGCUGAUCUUCAGCUGCCAGACCAAGUUUUUGGCCUGGAUAAUUUUGCUUGUUCGAAUAAGAUCCAGCCCAAUGUUUCACUUUAAGUUCCACAUCCCAAGGAACGGCUGAAAACCAUGCUUCUAAUUUCAUUUUCCGUUGACAGAUUAUUUUGAUUUGGUAUAUCAUUGCUUCCAAACUCAAUUCCGGUGUCAAGGCCCGACCCUUGGACUCCAUUUAAUUUGGGCCCAUCUGGGAUACCCAAUUCCAUUCGCACAAAACGGAGCACACUGAAACCUUUCAUGAUCAUUCAUCCAAGCCGUACCGCAACGAGUGUUUCAUCCAAAUCCAGCCUGGUGCCGAACGGUAAGAUCGAGCGGCAGUUCCAGAAUCUCGAGCGGCAAGUGCCAUGCGGCACAGUGGCAAUGCAUAGCUGGGCAUCAGACGGCUGAUUUGCCCGGACGGAAGCUGCUACCUCUGGCUGAAAGGGCAUUAGUCGGGCAGAACGGGAUUCACCACCCUUGCUCGAAUGACGAGGGGGUCGUCCCGAAGCUAGAUAGCGUCUGACACGCCGGUCUUAGUAAGAGAUGAAGAAUCCCAAAAUUCCCCGUUCGGGAAUGGUUAGAAUAGGUGGGCCUUGUUCCUCUGCAAUUGGUGUUUCAUCGAUCGGUGUUUGGUCAACCGGGUUAUCUGGGUGUGGGACCCUAGGAUACCGGUCAGGGAAGGGCCACCGUUCGGGACGAUGAUCGAUUGAGGCUGCUGAAGCCCCUGCACUUUGAGAAUAGGUUGAAAGUUUUUCUACCGAACGGCAGAUACCGUUUGGUUGAGCAAGAGGCAGUGAGGUAGUUCCCUGGAAUUCAUUUUGGUGUUGUUGCUUGCCCCGAUAAGGAGCCCGUUCGGGGGCGGUGCUUCUUCCUUGUUGGGGCUGCGUGGCCUUUCCUGCUGAUCUUACGGACUGGUCAGGCGCUCUAGCUAGGUUGGGUCCCCUCCGGUGCCCGUUUGGGAAGUUCUCGUUCGACGUUCGGUGCUUAUUAGCUUCGAGUGCCUUUGACGUUCGGGAAGUUCUCGUUCGGGAUCCGCUAGCUUUCGUCGAGUAAUGAACAUGGGCCGAACGGGUUUCAAGUCUCGUUCAGGCGUCGUCGUUGACUGGGUACAAAUGGAUACAGGGCCUGCUUGGCGGAAAAUCCCCCGCUAGGCCCCCUGCUAAGUUGAGACUGUUGCUCUGGUGGCUUCUUUGACUUCCUUUUAGUUGUUCGUCCUGGCGUUCGGCGUGUUCCCGUUCGGGAAGUAGGGGGUUGGUUCUUCGGAUGACCAUGAAUUCGGCUCGUGGUUGAGGCUGCGUUGAUUCUCUGAGGUGGCCGGCGAUCCCAUAGCAUGGCUGUAUGGAUUCCUGCCCGGGGAGUCUUCCUUCGAGAAGGUGUAUGUGCUUUUGGAUAAGAGCCCACCUGUCAAGUCAUGAGUCAUGACUAGUGUUGUCAGGCUUUCCCACGUGAAAUCAUGGAACUUCUCUCUUUUUCAUCAAUAAGUGAGUACAUGGGUCCCACUCGUCAUCUUCCCCUAUUGCAUCUGGAAUUUCUUCUCUAUUUUCUCCUUCGUUUCUUGCUGAAAUUAGUAGCUCUUGGUAUCAAAAAAUUUGCAGAUUCAUAUCAGAAAAUUUGUCGAGCAUCAAGAACACAUGAAUCUUUCUGAAGCGGUUCCCACAGACGGCGCCAAUGUUGAGGUUUUGUCCCGUAGAUCCGGAAGCCCAACAUAAACUUCGGAUAUUAAGGACGAUUAAUACGGUAUAAAAGUGAAUAAAUAUAUAAAACUGUAUAAACUAGCUAUUUUUACGUGGAAACCCGGAAAGGGAGAAAACCACGGGACUUUUUAGGCUAACGUCCAAGCCCGCUCUUUCUCAUUAAUAUCCUCCCAUCACUCAUUUACAUAGUAAAACAGUAUAACUCCAUUAAUGAAGCUUGAAUAACUCAGCUAUAAAGAUGAAGAAAUAAGCAGGGAGGGAGAAGAGAAGCAGAGAUCAGAUCUUUAAUUUGGAAGCCAAGCUUCCUAUUUAUAGCCAAGGGGGAGGGUUCCCUCUUCUUCUGGGCCGGAAAGGCCGGUUGGGCCUUAAAUGGGCCUAACUUCUAUUCUUUCGGUCCAACUGGCCGAAAUAAGCCGGGUAAGCCUAAAUGGGCCUCGCCAAAUGGGCCCCGUACCAGGGUGGUGUCUUGGGCAUCUGAACAGUAGUAGGCCGGGGUAAU